AUGAUUGCUACCAGUCCUUGUGUCCGGACUCAAACGAUGCGUACACAUGCAUGUCCAGACAUCCGCAGCUAUUUUGAGAUGGCAAAACCAAAGUUCAUCUGCACAAAAGGAUAUGCUUCAAUGACUGAUCAAUUGGAUAGCGUGGAAUUCGCCGAUGAUUUCAAGCAUCACGCAAAACCUGUGACCAAGCAGGGUGAGCUAGAAAUUGUCACAAAAAAGCAGGUUACAGUUAGCAACUGGAAAUGCGUAUACUCAAGAAAACAAGACCCGAGUCGAAGGGCAUUUACGCAAACUUUCAGCUGUGAAGGAGAAGCAAGGUUACUUUCGAUGAACCUAUCCAAACCAAGUCGAGACAACUGCAUACAAGCCAUAGUCUCGCCAUCUCGCUGGGUUGGUCAAAAAGCACACGAAGAGUCUCGACUAGGAUACGGUUACAACAAGAAUAAAUUCCUCAUCAUCAUUCGAGACUAUUGGCUCAGGACUGCAAAAAAGGUAUUUGAGAUGACCGGAUUUAUAUUAUGGGCCGAGAACACCAGCAAGGAACAAGUAGAGGCCGCCAGUAGGUUGCUUCUGUCUCUGGACUUUUUCGUCAGAGACAAUAUCAACCAUUGGUCCGUCCAUCCAGAAGAUAAGUACUAUUUAUACACAACAUGUCUCGAGGAUACCAGAGAGAGUUUGGGAGCGUUAGACUUUACCAAAAGGCAAAGCUGCUCGGGUUCUUGGCGUGGUAAGCCAAGAUCUGGUAGCUCCUCUGCCAUUUGGUGGCCAAACCCUUUUGUGGUUGACCCCAUCGCUGCAAGUUGGCACAUUGUUUCUGCUGGAAGUUUGGUUGUUUACUGUUGGUGGUCUUGUAUACCCCCUGCUGGUGGUCAAGGUCCAUUCCGCCCGGUCAUCGAAGAACAUUUUGCAGUCCCGGGCCCGUCUCUUCAGAUGAUGUUACCUAUUCCAAGCCAAGUUCCUUUCCUUACGAAACAAAUUCUCUCAAUUAAGACUAGCAGAAUCCCUGAAAUGGUCAAGCCACGGUUUGCUUUUAUGUCCAAGUCCAAUUCCGAGUCUUGUCCAAGUCAAAGUCCAAAUGUCCAAAACUAUCCAAGUGUUGUCUGGGUCGUACCUCCAAGUCUCAAAACCAAGUCGAUUUCCAAGAAAGGGUCCAAUGCAAAGUUCCAAAAGCAAGUUCCAAAAGAAAAAUCAAAAACCAAAACCGAGGCCUAUACUAAGUCCUGUAAAAAAAAACAGGCAUAUACUAAGUCCUCCUCUCCAAAAGGAUCAAAAGAAAUCCGAACCCGAGGCCUAUACUAA